AUGCACACCAGAUCCAUCAUCGCAGCCACCAUUGGCGUUGCUGGCAUCGCCAAUGCCCUUCCAGCCCUUAGCCAGCGUGCAGAGCAAGGCUGGGCCGGAGGAGGUGGACCUGGUGGCAACCUCGGCGAGGCCAUCGGCGACAUCGUCGAUGCAUCCAUGAACCACGGCGAUGAUAACGACUGGCACGGUAGCCACUACGGCGGACGUUGCGACCCACGCUUCGAAGACUGUGGCGACUGGGCCCCUGGGGGUCACAGAGGCUACAGACCUCAGCGCUACAACGACGAUGAUGACUGGAGUUGGAAGCGUGAUGCGCAAGCCGAUGAGAGCCAGCUGCGCCAAUACCGUCCUCAGCAGCAGCAGCAGAGCCGUCCUCAGCAGAACGAUGAUGACGAUGAGGCCGAUAACUGCCAAGCUCAGUGCAUUCAGUACUGCCAGACGUUCCUGAACGAGGAGGCUCCGCAGUGCGCUCAGGAAUGCCCACAGCAGUGCAACCAGAUCAACAGCCAGUCUACCGUUGAUCCACAGGGUCUUGCAUCCUCGGGUGAGGCCUUCUGUGCUAUCUUCGAUCAGUAUGCGGAUGACCAGCAGAUCGACCCUGAUCAGUUGAACGACAACCAAGACCAAGAUGGCUUUAGCCAGUGGCAGAGCGUUCAGGGCGAUGGUCGUGGUGAUCGUCAAAGCCUGUCUUCCAACCAGGUUCAGGACCAGGACCGGGAUACCAACCAGAAGCGAGGUCUUCCUGGCUUGGACCUUCUCAACGGCAUCGGUGGCGGAGCUGACCAGGUUCAGACUAGCAACCAACAAUCCGAGAACACUGGCUUUGGCUCGGACAGUGGUCGCACCAGCGGCUAUCGCACUAACAGCUACGGCACAGAUGGCUACGGUACCGAGAACAACCUCGAGAACAACCAGGUUCAGAACUCCAAUGGUGGCGGUGUCCUCAACCCCUUGAGUUCCUUGAGCUCCGUUGGCGGCAUUACUGACGGCCUUGUCAAGGAGAAGCGCCAACUCCCCGGGCUCAGCCUGUUGAACGGCAUUGGUGGCGGCGGUGUUCAAAACCAGGAGAGCACGCAAUCUGUCAACGGCUUCAACCCAGACAGCGAGCUCGAGAACAACCAAGUCCAGAGCUCGAACGGCGGUGGUGUCCUCAACCCAUUGAGCUCUUUGACCAGCGGCAGCGGCAUCAUCAAGCGCCAGGGAGGCAGCGGCAUCGGCAGCGUCGUCGGUAACCCGCUCAACAUCCUCGGUGGAUCUCAGCGUCAACAGCAGGCCCAGAGCAACCGCCAGACCGCCGGUGACAACAGCAACAUGGACAACACGCAGCUCGCUGAACAAGAUCUCGGUACCUCCCGCAUCAACUCUGAUGAUGAGGAUGAGAACGACUUCGGUGACCAGCGUCUUGAGACUUCACAGCUCAGCUCCGGCGAUGGUGAAGACAACCAGGUCGGUAACCAGCGCUUUGGAGCUUCGCAGGUUGAUGCUACUGGUCGUGGCGGUAGCCGGGCCGGUACUUCUGGCUUCCAGGCUGACGGUUUCCGUACAAGCGGUGCUGGACGAGGAAGUGUUGUUGGUGGUACUCCAAGCAACUCGAAGUGCCCACUUUGGGUCAAGAGCGGUCAGCAGCAGCGUGUCCCAACGCCUUACAAGGCAUAA